GUUUAAGGUUUAAGGUAAUCCCAGGGCAACAGUUUCGGGGCUUCAUGCAGCCUCAAUUGUGCCAGAAAGUCCGGAUUCCAUUGAGAAUUUGCAAUUGUGUUCCGCAUUUUACCCCCAUUUUACUUGAUUUGCCUUUUAAUAAGGGUCCUCAGGCUGCUCUACGUAGCACCCACUGUGGGGGACAGAGCCGGCAGGCGCAAUCUCUGUUUCACUGGCUCUCCAUACCUCACUCCACAGGCUCCCUCUGCCUUUCUCAGCACCAUCCACAUGCCCCCAGGCACCAUGCCUGGGUCCUGAGCCCUUGUGGGCAUGAACCAGAGCUGGACACAUGAGUUUGUCCUGCUGGGCUUUGCCCACGUGCCCUUGCUGCGCCCGCUACUCAUAACACUUUUCUUGACCAUGUUUCUGCUCACUCUGCUGGGCAAUGGGCUCAUCGUGAUGUUGUCUAUGUGGGACCCAGCCCUGCGCACACCCAUGUACUUCUUCCUGCGCCAGCUAGCCCUUGUGGAACUCUGCUUCUCCCUGGAUAUUGUGCCCCGGCUACUGGCCACCCUGCUGUGGCCUGGGUGUGGCAUGUCACCUGUGGACUGUGCACUGCAGCUGCUGCUGGUCCUGGCCUGUCUCACCUCUGAGUGCUUCCUCCUGACCAUCAUGGCCUGGGACCGAUACGUGGCCAUCUGCAGGCCCCUGCACUAUGGCGCCAUCAUGAGCCCACAGCUCUGCCACCUGCUGGCUACCACCUGCUGGCUGGCUGGAGUCCCCGUGUCCCUGGUUUUCACAAUCUGGUUGUUCAGCUUCCCCUUUUGUGGACCACGUGGCAUACAUCACUUCUUCUGCGACAUUGCCCCUCUGCUAAGCCUGGUGUGUGCAGACACUAGGGUCUUUGAGACCAAUGUGUUGGUGGCCACAGUGCUGGUCAUCAUGGUUCCAUUUUGUCUGAUAGCUGCAUCCUACAUUGCGGUAUUGGUCACUGUCCUACGGGUACCAUCAGCCACGGGUCGCCACAAAGCCCUGUCCACAUGUGCCUCCCACUUCAUCGUGGUGGUUCUGUUUUAUGGCACAACAGGGAUCAUCCACUUGCGACCCAAGGCCAGCUACUCCCCAGAGAGCAAGCAGGUGGUGUCCCUCUCCUAUACUGUGGUCACCCCCAUGCUCAACCCCCUCAUUUACAGCCUGCGGAACAAGGAGGUGAAGGCUGCCCUGGGCCGUGUAUGUUCUGGAUGA